CUUCAAGUUUCAAGCUCUAAAUGUCAUUGUCAAUUAUUGUCAAUGUCAAUUCAUCAAUUGGGAUUUUGGGAAUAAUAUUCAUUGUUUACAUCUUUGGGUGUUUUCAAAAAGUUUAAGAAACUAUAAUGUAUUUAACAUAAUUACGUCCGUAUCAGUCCCAUACAAUAACUAUGUUUAUUCUAGGAAUUUUUUUACACGUAACUUUCUUAUUUUCUAUCUUUGACAUAUAUUUUAAAUCACCAAUUGUUAAAAAUGUGACUCCUUAUCAGCCCCAGCAUGAAGACUUAUCUGAAAGACUUGUUCUUUUCAUGGUUGAUGGACUUAGAGCCGAAUCAUUUGUUAACUAUACGACAAUGCCUUAUUUGAGGUCUGUAGCAAAUACCUAUGGCAGAUGGGGAAUCUCAAACACUCAAGUACCGACAGAAUCACGUCCUGGUCAUGUGGCAGUCAUUGCUGGUUUCUAUGAAGAUCCAUCUGCUGUUGCUAAGGGAUGGAAAGAAAAUCCUGUAGAUUUUGAUUCAGUUUUUAAUCAAACUUCUUACACAUGGUGUUGGGGUACCUAUGACAUCGUAAAUAUUUUUACCAAAGCCAAUAUUGAUGAUCAUAUUGUGGUACAUGAAUUUGACCCUUAUGACCAGAGCUUUAGUACAGAUAAAAAUACCACACUACUUGAUGCUUGGGUGUUUGACAAUGUUAAAAUCUUUUUCCAAAAGGCUAAUGAUGACAUCAAACUGAAAGAAAAAUUGAAGAGUAACAAAAUAGUUUUCUUCCUUCAUUUAUUAGGAACUGAUACCGCAGGACACACCCAUAAACCAAAAACACCGAACUUCUUAACAACAUUGAAACAUGUUGAUGAAGGAAUACAAGAAAUAGAAAGAGUGAUUAAAGAUUACUAUAAUGAUGAUGGCAAAACUACCUUUCUGAUGACGUCUGACCAUGGCAUGACAGACUGGGGCUCUCAUGGUGCUGGGGAUGAUGAUGAAACAAAAACUCCUUAUGUGAUAUGGGGCUCUGGUAUAAAACAGGUAGAAAUGAGACAAGUUGACCCUGAAACAGUUGGAUUGUCUUUAGAUCACCGACUGGAUAUCAAUCAAGUGGAUUUGUCUCCUCUCAUGUCCACUAUACUCUCAAUUCCUGUACCUGUUAAUUCUAGGGGAAAAUUAACAACUGAUAUUUUUGAUAUGACAUUACCUAACAAAGCUAAAGCUAUAUACAGCAACAGCAGACAAUUAGCAUCACAGUACAAUAAAAAAAGACUUGAUGUGGAGGAACAUGCUAUCUCAUACUUAUAUCAACCCUAUGAACCAUUUAGCAAAGUGAAAUAUGAAGAAGUUAUAGAAUUCACUGAGAAACUUCUUUCUGAAGAGGAAUAUGAAAAGUUGAUACUAAUGAGUGAAGAAAUUAUAAACCUAAGCUUGUCAGGUUUAAAAUACUACCAUAAUUAUUACCAGCAACCUCUUUUAGUACUAGUCACUCUGUCGUUUUUAGGAUGGAUUGCAUGUCUAUUGAAAGUAUUAUCUGAACAAAAGUUUAAUACACAUGAAGAAACUGCUAACUACAAAACAAUGACAUCAUCAAAAAUAUUCAGAUCAAUUAAUAUAAUAUUUUUCUCUUUAUGCUGUUUGUCUGUUUACUUGGUGUAUGCACAAAACUUGCCAGUCCAGUAUUAUUUAUAUUCCUUAAUGCCUCACUGUUUGUGGUGGUAUGCUUUGUCAUCCACAUCUCUUUGGCUAAUGGGACUCAGCCAAAUGAGAAGAAAUAGAAAUAUUUGUUUAUUGUUACUUGAAAUUUUAAUUUAUACAAUGGGAUCUGUAGCAUUGGGCCUGUCAUUUACAUAUAGGUGGAUGUUGAGCAUACCACUUUUAGGUAUGGGUUUAUGGCCAUUCUUUUCUUCAACAAGAAACCAUUUAACUAAACCAAUCCUCAUUGCUUGGCCUGUUGGGUGCUUAUUACUUAGUGCAUUUUCCUUCAUGCCUGUUGUUGGAAAAAGUGUUUUUAUUGAACUAGUCAUAACUGCUGGCGUUAUUUGGUUGUUUUGUAUUUUGCUAUAUAUUAAUAAAAUUCUAUUACCACUAUGUCAGAGAAAAUAUGAGAAAAGAACAGAAGUAGCAUUAUCUGUGAUACAAGCAGUAUUACUUAUUGUAUCUCUUCAUAAUAUUUAUGUACAAUCCAUGAGAUUUGAACAAGGCACACCUGUGUCUUAUUUUUACCAAAUGGUAGCUUGGUGCAUAGCAGGUACAUCUUUAAUUUUACCUCUACUAUUUUCAAGAAGACUGAUUUGCCGUAUUUUGGCUAUAAACACAUCAAUUUUAAACUUCUAUCUCUUGUUAUCUGUUUCCCAUGAAGGCCUAUUUAUAGUAGUAUUGAUAGUGAACUUGAUGUGUUGGAUAUACAUCGAAAGUAAGCUGCUACACAUAAAGAAUUCAAAGCUAAUAGAAAGCAGCUUUGAAAAUGAAAACAAUGAAAAAAUCAAGUCUAUCACAACAAUUGAAAGAGAAAUUAGUAGUCAAGAUUUUAGAAGAGCUUUCUUUUUCAUAUUGUAUAUAAUAUUAGCCUUUUUUGGGACUGGUAACAUUGCAUCGUUGAACUCAUUUGAAGUGAGAUGGGUGACAUGCUUUAUAACAUCAUUCCAGCCUUUUAUUAUAACUACACUGAUAUUAUUGAAGACGCUGGCGCCAUUUUUGACUGUAGCUUGUAGUUUUAGAGCAGUACAAUAUUUAACGAAGGCACCAACUGGAUAUUUAAUAAUAAUUGUUCUAAUUUAUUCCAAUUUAAUGGGUAUACAGUUACUGUACAAUGUGAAAAACACUGGAAGCUGGCUAGAAAUUGGUACUUCCAUAUCACAGUUUGUCAUUGUUCAAGUUAUCACAUUAUUCAUUGUUUUAAUUAAUCAAAUAGCUAAAUUGUUAACUGAUAUCAGUAUUUAUAGUUUUACGAGUAAAUUAUUUAAAAGUCGAAAGAAAUAUGUUUAAAUUAAAAGUUGAUUAUGUUUAAUUUAUCUUUUAUUUCAUUAUGUACAAGGUUCACUGUACAUGAUUUACAUGUAUAAUUCAAAAUCUAUUCUGUUAGAUGUAUAGAAUUGACUGUCUUCCCCUUGCUUUCUUACCCAAACACCAGUUUUGAAAUACCCCUCUGAUGACCAUUUCUGCAUUUGCUCAGUAGUGUGUGGCCCAGAUAUUUCAUCAUCAUUCUGAUUCCACUUGAAUUCCCACUUCAAUUCAGGUUCUUGUUCCUCCUCUGUUUUGUCUUCAGAUUCUUUAUUUUCAGUGUUAUUUUUAUCUAACACACUCUUUUCCUUUUGAUCAAAAUCAUCGGCAUACAUGUCUAAAUCAGCAUCAUCAUUUUUACUCUCCUGCCUUUUUAUGAUUGUAUCAAUUUUUUCAUAUGUUUCCUGGUAAAUGUCCAUGUUACCCAAUUUUGUAAGAAUUUGGUUUGCAAGUUCUGUAAGUCUUGUAACAAUUGUACUGUUUUCAUCAACAAUACCAGCUUUUUUCCUUUUCCAGCGCUCAGCACUAGAUAUUUUUGAACUUGCACCUGUGAAUAUAUAAAAGAAGCUUCUCAAUUUGGAUCUAUGCCAUUGAAAAAAGAUAAAAGUGUUAAUUACCA